CAGAUUCACGCUAUCUUCAGGUGGUUUCAUGCAGUAAAAAGAAGGCCAUCAAGGAGCUGAAAGCAGAGCCGGACCCUUGGACGUUUUCAAAAAGCGAAGAUAUGAAAAUCAAGGGAAAUGAGCAUUUUCAGAAGAAGAAAUAUGAUCUGGCGUUGAAGUGGUACACCAAAGCCAUUAAAUACCACCCGAGCAACCACCUCCUGUACGGGAACCGAGCGCUCUGCUACAUUCGCUCGGAGAAAUAUCUGAAAGCACUUGGAGACGGAAAGAGAGCCAUUAUAUUGCAGCCAGACUGGGCCAAGGGUCACUACCGCUUCUGUGACGCUCUGUUCUAUCUGGGGGAGCAUCAGAAAGCUCUGAGGGCCAACCUCCUGGCUCAGGACGCCUGCGGCGCAGACACCGAGGGACAGAAAGACCUGCUGCAGCAGCACGAGCGCUUCCAGACGGAGCUGCAGGAGAGCAGAGCAGAGAUGAAGACCAAGAAAACCGAAACGAAGAAAACUUCUUCUAAAAGCAGAUCACACGCGGCCGGCGAUUCUUCAGGUCCUCAUCAGAAGUCCAGUCGUCCGCCGGAAGCCACGUCUCAGUCUUCAGUCCUGGAGAGUUCGCAAUCUGAAACCGGGAAGGACCGGGAGGACACUGCAGGGAAUUCAGGAGCUCGAGCGCACGCUGACGGAAGAACUGACGGACUCAAAGACACAAAGAGGUAAUUAACUGGGUUAUCGUUAUGAAAA